ACACUCUCAUAGUAAAGCGGAGGCAACUGCGCCGACGAGCUUUACACAAGGCACACAUUUUGCGCUUGAGUUGCACAGAGUGUGUUAUAUAGUCGGAUUGAGAAUUACAUUUCGAUCAAAACUUUAGACUUUGCGGAGGAUUUUCUCCUCGCUCGGAAGUUCUUUCUGGUACGACUUAAGAUUUGAACAUGAAACAGUUGAAUGGAUUACAAGGCGGUGUUUUACGCUUUCCGAACUGACAUGGACUGUUGCGACUCUUUUCGUUCACAUUCAUUGAAUCUGUUCUGAUUAGACUGCCCAGGUUUAAACAUGGAGGCUCCUUCCAGCUUUCAGCAGCAUCCAGGACUUCAGCAAACUCUCAAGCAGUUUCACUUGAGUUCCAAGAUCUCUCUCGGCGGUCCGGCAGCCUUCUCGGCUCGGUGGCAGCAGGACAUGCUGUUCAAGAAGGACGGCCAGAGCACUGAGGUGAUGGUGAACCUCCCGGCGCAGACGCCCCCGGUCAUGCCGGGGCCCCUAUUCAUCCCGUCCGACCGCUCCACAGAGAGGUGCGAGACGGUCCUGGAUCGGGAGACCAUUUCGUGCUUCGUGGUGGGCGGCGAGAAGCGCCUCUGCUUGCCGCAGAUCCUCAACAGCGUACUGCGAGACUUUUCCCUCCAGCAGAUCAACUCGGUGUGCGACGACCUCCACAUCUACUGCUCCAGGUGCACGGCGGACCAGCUGGAGAUCCUCAAAGUUAUGGGCAUCCUGCCCUUCUCGGCCCCCUCUUGCGGACUCAUCACCCAGACGGACGCCGAGCGCCUUUGCAAUGCCCUCAUCUUCGGCGGCACGUUCCCCCCGCACGCCGACAAAGAGUUGUCGUGCUCCAUCGAGCUGGAGCGGACGGAGAAGAGCUUCAAAGUUUAUCACGAAUGCUUCGGGAAGUGCAAGGGCCUGUUCGUGCCAGAGCUCUACACGAGCCCCAGCGCGGCGUGCAUACAGUGCUUGGACUGCAGGCUCAUGUUCCCGACCCAUAAGUUCGUGGUGCACAGUCAUAAAAGGCAGGAGAACAGAACCUGUCACUGGGGCUUCGACUCGUCCAACUGGAGGGCUUAUAUUCUUUUGGAUCAAGACUAUAGUGACAAAAAGGAGAGCACCACACUGCAGCAGCUCCUCAAUGAGUUAAAGGGAAAAUUUGACCUGGGGAACAAGCACAAGACAUCUUACAAGGCGUACAGUCCCAUUCCCUCCAAAAAGUCCAAACAUGACCGCUCAAGAUCCCCAUCAGUGGAUAAAGAGAAGCAAGCUGAUUGGCUACAGUCUCUGACUGCAUCUGCUAAUAAGGAUCUUAAGCAGCUCCAGUUCAAGCAGAGACCUUCAGCCUUCAGGCCCUGGUCUCCCAGAGUUCCCUCUGCUGAGCGAGAGACACCUAGCCACAAGUAUGAGAGACCACUUGCUAAAGGACAAGACAGCCUGGCAGUUCCAAAUGUAUCUCUGCCCAUUGCCACAUUUAAAAAUAAUGAGCAGCCACCGAACCAUUUCUCUCACCCCACCGAGACCCACAACACAAGCAAGACAGAGAGCUCCAGGCCAAGAAAGAGGUGGCCAUCUGCAGAGAGACAAUCACAGCCGGUGACCAAAGCCUCUCUGCCCACUCCAGUAGUCAGACAGCGUCCUCAGGAGAACGAGGACUCAGACGCAGAAAUCGAGGUUGACAACUGUGGUGAAGGUACUGUCUCUUGUUCAUUGAUGUCCCCUCCAUUUACAAAUGGCAUUGGAGUGAUGAACCUCAGCGCUCCCAGUACUGCAGAGGUGCAUGAUGGGAGGGUGAGACUAGGGGCGAGCCCUUGCUCUGAGCUGGAAGUCCUCAAGCAGACACUCUGCAGUGACCUGAGCUCUAAGGAGGCCAGAGAGAAGUUCCUCCAGGAGAUCAUCCGCAUGAGAGUGAAGCAAGAGGACAAGCUAGCCGCCGCUCUGCAAGCCAAACGCAGCCUUCAGCAGGAGCUGGAGUUUGUCAGGGUGACUAAGAAGGGCAGGCUGAGGGAGGCCAUUGAGGCAAAGCGGAACCUGAGGAAGGAGAUUGAGCGCCUCCGUGUGGAGUGUGAGAAAAAGGUGCGAGACGCCAACGAGUCCUGCGGCAGGCUGAAGAGGGAGCUGGACAGGGAGAGACAGCUCCGGGUGUGCGAUAAGGGCUGCGAGGCAGGACGUUUGAGGGCCAAGUAUUCCUCACAGAUUGAAGAUCUGCAGAUGAAGCUCCAGCAAGCAGAAGUGGACCGUGAGCAGUUAAGAGAAGACCUGCUGAAGGAGCGGGACGCCCGGCAGAAUCUGGAGAGGGUCGUCAAAGAGCUUCAGGAACAGCUGGGCCACAAAGCAGAGACGGAGGGACACGCCAUCGCAAACACACAACCGACAGAGGGAGAGAAGAAAGAAAUGAGAGCUGAAGAUGUAUCUUAAACAUUUAGAGUAAUGUGUUCAAUGUAUGGCUGAGGAUGAAGACUUUGAUUUGAGGACGAGUAGAGGACGCCUCUAAAGCCAACGUAUUCAUGAAAAAAGUUCUGGAUCACAGGAAAAUGGUCAUGAUUAACAAUCAUCUUACAGUGUGCGUUUACCAAAACCAAUGGAAACUGUAACCAUAAAUCAUGAACUCAAGUAACUGGAAAGAAGUUUGGUCGCUCCUCGAUGGGAGGACGUUCAGAGACGGUGGCAUUGCGUGUAACUGACUCGCCUUCAGUUAGCUUCUUUAAGCUAAUCUAAGGAAUUUAUUUUGUUAUAAGCUAUUUAAAUUUUUUGCAAAGAUACUUGAAAAAUAUUUGGGAAACAAAUGUGUUUUCUAUUCACAUUACAUUGACAGUAGCAGGUGAACAACCUGUUAGUGCCGCUGAUACUCUGUAAACUAGAAAGUGUUACAAGCCAGAAUUAUACUUGCUACACAGGUGUUGUCAUUACAAGGUUUUGCUCGCUUUUAUUUCACCUUUUUUUCGCUGUUGUAUCGAAAUAGUUUGCAUGAGCGACAGUGCUAUGGGUGCAGCAAAGCUUUAUUAUAAACCUACAUUCAAAUGAGCUUUUUAACUUUGUAUUUUGAAUUACCAUGUACUUAAAACCCUAUAGUAUUGGCAAUGAUCAAUAUGGGCUGAAUCCUACCAUCUGUCCUAAACUUCAAUAUCAAGUAUUAUACUUUACUUACCAGUUUUCACUAUUUUUACCAGUCCAGACGAGGGCAUGACAUUGAUCACUCCAUGCUCCGUUUGAUGGUGAAAUUAAUGUUUUUUGUUCAGAAUCAGAAUUAUACUCGUGUGACAAACAUCCAUUUUUAGUCACUGGUUUAAGGUAAAAAAUUAAUAAAUAAAAAUGCUGUUAAUGAAAAUAACAUUUCUACUUAUAUAGAAAACAAGGAUAUAUAUUUUUUUACUUUCUACCAAAAAAAGAAUUGCACUUUUAAGAAAAGAUAGUUGUAUUGUGUAUUUGAAGCCCUCUGUUUUUUUUAGAUCUCAGACAUCAAGUAUUGAAUAAAAAAGUUUUCAUACAUUUGUUACAGAUGUGAAUACCACUUAAACAUAAAAAACUAUGUAAAUAUGAUAGCUUGCUUUACACUUCACUCUAAAUGCUUUUGCUCCAAAACCAAUAGACUUUAUGUAUGAAAUAAUGUAACACGAAAGUGAAUUUCUCCUAUCAUAUUUUCAACUAGAGGGCAUUUACUGUAUAAAAUCCUUAUGUAAUAAUAUUAACAAAAAUCUUAGAUCAAUAUAUUUCUGAAUAAUUUCAGUCCCUUUGGAAAUCACUUUAUAUAAUUACCAAAGCAAAGUUUCACAUUCUGAGAAUUCUGGUUGAUAAAUCAGAAAUGUGACUGAUGAACUGUAAAGAAUAUUUGCUGAAUUUAUAAAAAAAACUUUUAUCUUCAUUACCCCUGUCUUGAAUAAACCUGCAGUAAUACAUAUUCUAACCUCUCCAUCGCUCUAUUUAUUCUGGGUACAUUUUUACUUCCCCUUCUAUAUAACGAGAUCCGUAUGCUUGCCUAUGUCAGUUUUUAACCUCUUGAUGUUUUUAUGCGUCACACUUGAGAUAUGCAUUGUGUUCAGGGUCUUGUCAUAGUUUUGGUUUUGAUGUGGGUCAUUUUCUUUACUUGUUUUAAUGUUCCCCCACGAAUAAUAACAUCAUUAAACAGAAUCAACCAUU